CGCGCUUUUAUCUCCCCGGUGCUUUAUGAAUUUUUCGGCAUCAUGGCCCCGGCCCCGGCUCUUCCUUCGGAAAUCCAGCUGGCCCAGCGGCUGGCCGGCAACGAAAAAACUAUCCGAGACCGUGCCGUCAGGAAGCUCAGAAGAUACAUCCGCGCCAAGACCGAAGCUGCUUCAGGUGGGUUCAGUCAUGACGAAUUGUUAAAAAUAUGGAAAGGGCUUUUUUACUGUAUGUGGAUGCAGGACAAACCUCUCCUACAGGAGGAACUUGGAAAUACAAUUUCCCAGCUUAUUCAUGUUUUUCAGAACACAGAAACCCAGCACCUGUUUGUUCAAACUUUUUGGCAAACCAUGAACCGUGAGUGGAUUGGAAUAGACAGAUUGCGCCUGGAUAAGUUCUACAUGCUAAUGCGCCUGCUUCUGAACCAGUCCUUUGAGGCAUUAAAAAGAAGUGGAUGGGAGGAAAGUCAGGUUGAACUACUUCUGGAUAUCCUAAUGAAAGAAAUUUUGCACCCAGACAGUCAGGCACCUUGUGGAGUAAAGUCUCACUUUAUUGACAUAUACUUAGAAGAACUGACUAAAGUAGGAGCAGAAGAGCUUACUGCAGAUCAAAACCUGAAGUUUGUUAUUCCGUUCUGCAAAAUAGCAUCUAGGACAAAGGAUUCUACUUUGCUGUAUAAUAUAGUUGGAGGUAUUUUUGAUGCAAUUUUGGAACAAGCUCCCUUUGCCAUUGAAGAUUUAAUAAGAGAAUUAAAUGCAAACCAAGAAGACAGUGAACUGUUAGAAACUGAAUCAGAUGAUAUGACAUCUAUAAGAUUACAUGGGAAGCAAAAGAAAGGAAAGAAAGGCAAGGAUUCCUUCUCAAGCGAAGAUAAACCAAAAGUGAAAAAGCAGAGUAAUGGAAAGGGACACAUCGGGCUUGUCCUUCAGUUUAACUAUGAGGAAAUUGCUGAUAGACUGUUUGAAAUGGCCAGCAGGCAAAGCACUCCUUCCUUGAAUAGGAAGCAUCUCUACAAAUUGGUCAGAAAGUUCCAGAGCCUAGCUGAAGGCAUAUUCCCUCAAGAUGGCCUUCCUCGGCGGAAAAAGUUGAAUAAGAACAGACUUCAACAAAAGAAGACUCGUCUACCAAAAUCAAAAUUGAAAAGAGAGAAAGGGAAAAAAGAUGAAAAGCAGAAUAUAGAGACAGAUGUGCCUUUUGAGAAAGACAAGUCAAGAACUACAAAGAGAAAAGAGAUGAAAAAAAGGAAGCAUAUGAGUACAGAUUCUUCUUUUCCAUAUGAGAAAGAUAUAUCUGAUACAGCUAUUCCCUUAAAUCCUCAAAAUGAUAGCUCAGGGAGACCAUGUAAAAGAAAAAAGAUUCAAGGACCAAAAGUUGGAAAAGUAUCAGAUGGCUUCCAGGAGAAUAAGAAUGAUGAAACAGAGACCCAAAAACAUGAAAAAAAACAAGAAUUGACAGACCUUGAAGUGGUGAUGCCAGCCAUCCGCAAAAACAGGAAAAAAGAUGCUUGUAAGAAGAUAGAAACCAAGAAACAGCAAAAGAAAAACUUGGACACCCCACUUCAGACAGCUUUUAUAGAAACUCCUGCUGUCAAAAGAUUGCCAGCACAUCCUCUUGUUUCCCCCAAACCAGAAAGUAAUGUCAUAGGAACCUCUAAAUUGGUCACAAAGCAUAGGAAGAAAGGUGUUCAUGGAAGCAACCACAUUGCCUCCCAGAAAGCCUUAAAGGUUUCUUCAAAUGUGGUUCAUCGGAAAGAGUUAAGUAGAAACAGUGACCUAACGGUAGAGUGUCAGGAUAUAGAUAACACUAGGAUGAUAAAAAAGAAACAUAAGUGGAUUAGUAGAGACAGUGUUGUUCCUCCCCAACAAGAUAUGGCUAAAUUAUCUGAGAAGGAAUUGGCAACGAGUACAGAAAAUCUAACAGAUUGUGAUUUUCUUCCCCCUUCCAAAAGGCCAAAUAGGAAUGUCAGUAGAUCAGCAGGUUCUUUAAAUAGGAAAACUAAACGAAUUUUGUGGUCUCUAGGACCAAGAAUGCUUUUCAGAUCUCCAGGUAGAAGAGUGAAAAGAAACACGAGGAAAGAUCUUUAAUGCUUUUUAAAGUGUUAGGACUGGCUUUCUGGGUAAUCCUUGAGGAUUUUGACUUUUAAAAACCAGUAGGUAGAAGAAAUAAUUCCCAUCACAAGAUAAAUGUUUAUGCAAUCCAGGAUGUCAUUAGCAAAGAAUCAUGUUAAAAAUAUUAUUUUUUCAGCAAUAAAAGUUUAAUUGUGGCAUAAGAA